AUGUUCGCCGCUCGCCCGGUCUUCAGGACCUUGAGCCACAUCAAACACCAACAAAACCUCCGCCCCUUCUCAGCCCUCGCCGCAAACCCCUCCUCAAAAACCCAAGUCUACAUCUCCAACUCCCGCUCGCCGUACAUCAACCUCUCUAUAGAGCACCACCUCCUUCAGACAACACCAUCCGACUCCAACGUCCUCUUCCUCUACACCAACCGCCCGAGCAUCGUCAUAGGACGUAACCAGAACCCGUGGCUCGAAGUCAACCUCCCGCUCCUGCAGUCUCUAGACCGCAGCCGGGAUGCCAUCGACCUCGUCCGCCGCCGCAGCGGAGGCGGCACCGUCUUCCACGACGAGGGAAACGUGAACUACUCCGUCAUCUGCCCUCCCGCCAACUUCGACCGCGACAAACACGCCGAGAUGGUGUGCCGUGCGCUUCACAAGCUGGGCGUGCCAGACGUGGCCGUCAACUGUCGACACGACAUCGUCAUGACCACGCCCUCGGCAACCCCCAUCCCCUUGUCGUCUUGCACGGGCAAACCCCUCGCGAACGCAGAAAAUACGUACAAGAUUUCCGGAUCGGCGUACAAACUCACCCGUUUACGCUCCCUCCACCACGGAACCUGUCUCCUUUCCUCCCCGAACUUGCCACGCAUCGGCAGCUUUCUCCGCUCGCCGGCGGAGCCGUUCAUCAAGGCUCGCGGUGUUGAAAGCGUACGCUCGCGUAUUCGCAAUGUUGGCGUCGAUGAUACGAGGAAGUUUGAGGAAGCGGUGGUUGAGGAGUUUGGAAAGAUGUACGGUGCGUUCGACGUGGAGGCACGGCUAGGGGAAGAGGCGGGACAAGUUGAAAGCUCGCGAGAAUGGAUCUACGGUCAGACACCACUUUUCACCUUCUCAACGCAUCCAUCAGAAGAAGAUGACAGGGAACGCCCCGAGCUACCCGGCAAGUUCAAACUCUCAUUCGAAUCUCGCCACGGCCUGAUUCAACAGUUCGCCCUAGAAGGGCUCUCGUCUGCUCAGCCCCAGGCUCUCUCCGAGUCCAUGAUCAACUCCCAGAUCUGGGAAAUAGACGACUGGACGCGGCGACUGCGUGAUGGCGGCCUAGAUGCAGGUGAUUCUUCAACCGUUGGACCAUGGCUGAACUCUCUGCUCGGCAAGAGAAAGGUGUAG